UAUGAAUUAAAUUAUAGUGCUUCCAGAUAUGUGCCCUCAAGCUUUGUCCAUUGAAUGUCCACUCGUCAGACCUAAGAAUGAAUGUGAAGGGAAUUCUGACUGUCCUCCCAACAAAAGAUGCUGUAAUACAGGRUGCCAUAAACRGUGCAUUAAAGCUUUGCCUUCUAAACCAAAACCAGGCCCACCAGCUCCCCCCGGUAAAUGUCCACCAACGGAUCCAAAACCUUGUCCACCUGGACCGAUAGCAGGUUCUUGCCAAACCGACGCCCAAUGUUCAGGAUCCAACAUAUGUUGUCAUGACGGAUGUACAAAGCGAUGUACCAUGCCAGUGAUUCCUCGACCGACGAGGUGUCCAAAGAUAAACCCCAUGAAGUGUAACCGUAAAUACGACAAGAGCGAAUACUGCAAAUCCAACGGCGACUGUCCMAGAUCMCAAAUAUGUUGCUUUGAUGGCUGUAUUAAACGAUGUGGUUUAUUUGGAGGAGGCCCACCAGUCGGGCCGCCUGGUAGCCAUCAUGGCGGAUUCCCUGGAAGUCGAUCAGGAAGUCAUCCAGGAAAUCAACCAAGAAGACGUGGCGGAAAGAGAAGAGGAAACCAAUGAUAUAACAAUUGAUUGAUCAAUAUUAAAGCCUGAUUCACACUUGUUACAAAUUAAAUCCUUAAAAUUGUGUUUACAUUUUUUUUUUUAAUUGCUGAACCCAAAACCAUCUUUUUUUUCUAAUAGAGAAAUUUAGCGAAUGCUCAGCGGCCACACACGGAAGAAAAUUUUUAUCUCUGAUAUCGCCAAAUGAUUGGAGUAAUGUUCGUAAAAAUAGAAUUUUGCACAGUUGCAAGAAUGAUUACUCGAGAUGCUCAGCAUUUUGUUUCUUUUUGGGGGGGGAGGGACCAAGUGUGAGCCAGGUUUCAUGACGAUCUUAGACUGCAUUAAGUGUUAUUCGUACGCAGAAAUAAACAAAUAUGGCGAUUGGACGAAUUUAAAUAUUGACCAAAGCAUUUUAAAAAACUUUUUGUUUGUUUGUUUGUGUAAAAGCAUUUCUUUUAAUGGUUGUCUGGUUCGUAUGAUCUUGGAUGUACUUCCAUACCGGUUAGUUAAAAUCGACGCUUUGACCAACUUACCGAUGUUCAACUAACUUCAAACACAAAUUAUCAARUUAAAAAACAAAGAUCCAAAGAUUCAAGGAGAUUAUUCAUGUGCGGAUGAAGAUAUGUUCAUUUUUAAAAAGUGUGCUUUUCAGUUAGGGACUGUUAGU